AUGGUAUGGGAUCAGAUGAUGUUAAGCUCAAAAUAUACACCAAGCGCAGCGCUCUUCCUUCUGCUUCGACUUGACCCCUGCAGUAGCCUCGCAAUCGAGCGCAGCAUCAAUCUCCCAGCAUCUCAACCCAAUAGCACUCAGACAAGCCCGAACCAUUGUGGCUUCACAGGCAACUCGGACCUCUACGGCAUCGGUAUACGCCUGGGCUACUACACGCAAGCCUUAUCCGUCUGGUUCGCGAACUACUUCGUCCUGAGCGAAGCCAAGGUGCUGCGGUCCGUCAACCUACUUUUCCUCGUGGCCCUCUUCAUCGCGCUGGCGUGGCUGUCGCAUCAAGCCCAACAGACCUACGCGAUCGAGGUCUUCCUUCUGCUCCGGCUGCUGUUUGCUACCUGGUACGUCGGCGUGCUCGAUCGGUCCAGGUUCAGCAAGAAGCAUGGGACCAAACGCAUCGUGCGAGUCGUGGUCCGAGAAUGCGCCCUGUUAGGAAUGCUUGGCUACACCGUCUGGUUUGCCUGGACCGGCCUCGAUCGUACGGAGGAGACACCGUGUGGGACGUGGAUCUUCUUUGCGGCGAAGCUCAAUUUGUAUGGCACUUACAGGUCGGCAUAUAAAGUACUGUCGAUAUCUGCUCUGUCCUUCGGCACGAUCAAGCAGUGUGAUACUGCCUUCCAGUUAUUUCAACAUUGGCGAAACACUGAUAUCAGAAGCCCGGACUAUUUUGCUCGAUUGCGGCAGGCUUUGCUGCUACAGCACUACCACAACGAUAUCUCCAGCGACGAUAGCUGCAACGUACCGCAUCCGCAUAGAAGGUCGGCAGAAGUGGGUCAUCCAGUUAGGAACUCCGAAUCUGCAGCAUCUAGCCCACCGCACCCAAAUGUCCUCAUCCGCGACGACGAGGACGAAGACGCCAGCACCAGAUCUGUUCGGUCAAACAAUUCAGCAUCCAUCCAAUCAGACACCAUUCGCCAAAAAGUGUCCGACGCCGCAACCCAACGCCAUCUACCGGCCACACCUCCCCGUCCGCCCAAGAAUCCACAUACAACCAGUCAGAACGGCAGCCCCACCGCCCACGAUCCGACUCUCAACGAUCUACCCUCUCUCGACAACCUCAUCGAAGCUGACCGCUGGCUCGAGGCCAUCACCGCCGUCGACGUCGCCGACCACUCAGCCUGGUGCUACCAGCUGCCCGGGCUGCCCAUGAGGAUCUUCCUGCCACCGCUGCAUCCGCCGAAGCGGAUCCAGCAGAGGAUCUCCGCCCUGUACGCUCUGCGGCCAUUCCGCCUUCCGGUCCUGAUACCCUUGGCCCGUCACGUCAGAUCGCUGUGCAGAUUCGGAUGGUACAACUACCCGAUCAUGCUCGAAGCGGCGUUGCGAGACCCGUGCCACAAACGGAUAUCCAGAUCCACGUUGCUGACGACGAUAGCGCUCCACAAGGCGCAGUUGCCGACCGGCAGGCCCACGCCGCAUACAGUUUGGAACGCCUGCGUCUCUCUGGCUAUGUGUGUUGAGUUGAUACUCAGCAUCGAGCUCUCUAUAUAUUGGAACCAUAUCGGUGGCAUGGGAAACGUAGGCGCGCCGGGCCAGCUGAUCCCUGCCAUCAUUGGGAUAGGAGGGCUGGUGAAGGUGGUGUGGAUAUGGUGGUCUAGGGAUGAUGCCGUCGAGGAGGUAGAUGAUGGAGUGGGCAAGGAGUUGAGAGAGUGCGUGGCGGUCUAUCAGAGGCUGAGGGAAGAGAGGGGAGACUUGACGAAGAACGAACAGAUAGCGACUACGGUAGCUGCGAAACUCUGA